UGUCUCUGUCAAUCUGCAAUGGGGCGGAAAAAGAUCCAGAUCAGCCGGAUUUUGGACCAAAGGAACCGGCAGGUCACCUUCACCAAGAGGAAGUUUGGGCUGAUGAAGAAGGCAUACGAGCUGAGCGUUCUGUGUGACUGCGAGAUCGCCCUCAUCAUUUUCAACAGCACCAACCGGCUCUUCCAGUAUGCCAGUACAGACAUGGACAAAGUACUUCUUAAAUACACGGAAUACAGCGAGCCGCACGAGAGCCGGACCAAUUCGGAUAUCCUGGAGACUCUGAAACGAAAAGGCCUGAGUCUGGAGAGCCCCGAACUGGAUCUCGAAGAAGCUUUGGCCCCUGUGGGGAAACUGAGGCAGCUCGGUGAUGGGGUGGACCUGAGCACAUCACGGCCCAAACUUUGUUCGGCUGCUUCCGUGUCUAGUCUGGAGGGGGCGUCAACGGAAACUCCCCCUUCUGGGAGUGAGGGGGGCCCAAGCAGCACAGGAGGGUCUCCCCUUCAACCAAGUCGCUUGCCGCCAUUCAAGCCGGCUCUUCCCAGGCAUGGGACCCCUUCCAGGCACUCUCCGGGAUCCCUUACCUCAGGUGUCGGCUACCCAAUCUUCUCGCCCGGCAACCUGAGUCGGGCACUGUCCAACAGAACUCCACCCCCGCUGUACCUGGGGGCUGAUGCCCGUCGGACCGAAGGGCACCAUUCCAGCAGCAGGAACAACGUGGCGUCAGCUCGUUCCUUGUAUCCCAGCUUCCAGACCAUGAGCCCCGUGCUGCCCUCUGGAAGCAGCUCUCUUCCCGGACACGGUCUCCCGGGUUACCCUUUCCUCCCCUGCAGCCAAGCAGAGUAUCCCUCCAGAGACAGCACCUUGCAUCCCUUUGGGCUCCAGGCUGGCACCAUGGCUCCUUGGCAACAAGAUGCAGCAGUCACUGGACACCCGUCGCUGGGGGCAAGCGGCCGAGCAGCUGACCCGCCUCCUCUUACUUCCGCCUCCCCUCCCUCGUGCCUGCCCAUCAGUGUCAAGUCUGAGCGGGCGUCCCCUACAGCCAGUUGUCUCUCGGUCCCCCUGCAGCCCCCCCUCUAUGUCCGCCCAUCCCUUGGGGAGGCCCCGAUGGAUGACUACGUCAAAGCCUACCACUACUCCUUGCUCUUCUCCCGGCCCCUGGCUGAAGAACAGAAGCACCCCGGUGUUUCCGCCCGCCGCCUGCAGACUGUCCUCGAGGACUGGCAAAGAUAAAGGGGCGAAUCAGC